GGCGGGCCGACGGGGCCGGGCGUUGCCCGGCGGCCGCUGGAGCGCGAGUGGCCAGUGCGUCCGUUGUCGGGGAGCGCCAUGGAGGGCCAGCGGCUGCCCGCUGCUCUCAACCCCAGCCAUUUCCCGGCCAAGCUCUGGGAGCUGGUGAACAGCCCGCGCUGCGGCUCCGUGCGCUGGGAUGCCCGCGGCGAGGGGCUGCUCAUCGACCAGCGGCUCUUCGAGCGAGAGCUGCUGGGCGCGGAGGCGGCCGGCGACGGGGCGGCGCUGGACGGCGAGGUCUUUAAGACCCGGAACUUCGCCAGCUUCAUCCGCCAGCUGAACCUCUACGGGUUCCGCAAGCUGGGGCCGGGGCCCGGGCCCCUGCAGGACCCGGCGGGGGGCGAUGGCGGCAGCUCCGCCGGGGCCCUGCUCCAUUUCUACAGCCCCCAUUUCCGCCGCGACCGCCCCGAGCUCCUCGCGAACCUCAAGCGCCUGACGAGGGCCAACAAGGCGAAGCUGGCGGCCGGCCUGGAGCUGCCCAGCCGCCCGGCACAGCGCUCCCAGCUCCCGCCCUCGACGCUCGGCGAGGCUGCCAGGCCCGGACUGGUGACUGCAGGAGAGGCUCCUCAACCUUGUCAUCCAGACAGCUGCUUUCCGCCCUCCAGCACAGCCGCCUCAUGCCAGGAGCCCCCUGCUUUCCAGGCAGCGACUUCCCAGCAGCCUCCGGUCCCUUCCAGACCAUGGCAGGGUUCUGUUGCGUGGCUGCCAUGGCACGGGGCUCUCCCAGCUUUCCCAGGCCAGGGGGCUCCCUUUCCCGUCCUCCACAAGUGUUGCACGGAGGUCACGUACACUCUGCAGACCGUGUGCUCACUUCUGCCGCUUCAGCGAGGGGCUCCAGCCGGUGCUGCCCUUCCAGAACGGGGCAGCUGCGCGUCUCCAGGGCAGUGCUUGCAAGGCCGGGAUCCAACGGGUACGGCAAAAGUUCUCCGCUUGCUGCUCGAGAAGUUCCUGCCAAGUGAUGCAUGAAAUGUUUUUCGCCAGUGCUCUGUCACUGCGUGUGUAUCUGACGCGUGUGCUCGCAAAGAGAUGUGUGUUCCCUGUCCGUUACUUGCAACCAGCCUGUGACAGAAUGUGCUUUAGCCGCUCAUUUCUUCUGGCUCUGAUGAGAUGAACUGUAUCAGAGACAGGAGAGCUUAGAAAUGCCUUCUCUGCAAUGAGCAGGGGAGGACAAAAGCGUGUGGGUGAAGCAGGUG